AAGUAGUUGAAAAUUCUAAUUUUUGUUUAUUUUUUGUAUUUUUGCUUAUUUAGAACUUCUGCAAGUUUAUAUUGCAAAUAAAUAUAAUAAAUGGUUUUAUAUCCGUAUUUAAGGUUCUAAUCUUGCCACGUAUUUAAACAAAUAUUAUUUUUUUCAUAAAAUGAGUUUGGAAUCAGUUAAAUAUGAAAGGGGAAAGCUGGAAAUUUUGGACCAACUGCUAUUGCCUCUCCAGACCAGAUAUGUUAAAGUUCAAGGUGUGGAAGAUGGAUGGAGGGUGAUUAAUAAAAUGCAGGUGCGUGGUGCACCAGCAAUAGCAAUUGUUGGUUGUCUAUCGCUAGCAAUAGAGUUAUUAAAGGACAACAGUUUGGACAAAAAGAUAAUGCGACAAGAGAUUGAAGGUAAACUGAACUACCUGGUGUCCGCCCGACCAACAGCUGUUAAUAUUAAACUGGCAGCCGAUGAACUUAUAAAUUUAGCUAAUAGUCUGAGUGCCAAUGAAGAUGUUUCACCUGAGGAAUUUAAAGAGAAGUUCAUCACCAACAUAGAAGGUAUGCUCAGCAAAGACAUAGCGGACAACAAAGCCAUAGGCAAAUAUGGCUCAGAGGCUAUUUUGAAGAAUAUUGAAGGCGAGGGUUCGGUGCGAGUGCUCACGCAUUGCAAUACGGGCUCCCUUGCGACGGCGGGGUAUGGCACGGCGCUGGGCGUCAUACGGUCGCUUCAUGAGUCUAAAAGACUAGAGCGAGUAUACUGCACUGAGACCCGUCCGUACAACCAGGGCGCGCGGCUCACAGCCUACGAGCUAGUUCACGAGAAGAUCCCGUCCACACUCAUCGUGGAUAGCAUGGUGGCCGCGCUGAUGCGCUCCAGGAAGAUCAGUGCCGUCGUUGUUGGGGCCGACAGGGUCGCCGCCAACGGGGACACCGUAAACAAAAUCGGCACCUACCAAAUAGCGAUCCUAGCCAAGUAUCACGACGUUCCGUUCUACGUAGCAGCGCCCUUCACCUCCGUAGACCUAUCGCUAGCGUCCGGCGAGCGAAUUAAAAUCGAAGAGCGCCCGGACAGGGAAAUGACACACAUCGGAGAACAUAGAAUUGCUGCCCCAGGAAUCAAUUGCUGGAACCCCUCCUUCGACCUCACUCCAGCCAACCUCAUUACGGGAAUUAUUACAGAAAAGGGAGUUUUCCCACCCGACAGAAUAAAAGAAUAUAAGUAAAGCAAAAACAAAUACUUAAUUCAGUGCCUUCAAUUUUACCAAUUGUUUAUUAAGAAAAGUAAUUUAUACAACAUUUAUACAUACAUAAUUAAUAUUUAAUCUUUGUAGCCAUUGUGUUUUUACUAGACAUCAGCAGAUGCAUGUGAUCAAAUAACGAAUAUUAAUGUUUUUUUUAUGAAUAAUCUAUAAUAUGUAAGUCAUAAAUUCAUAACCAAGCUUAUCACUGCUCAAAGUAUACAAUAGUAAUAUAUUAAAAUUAAGAACCUACUAUAGACCAUAUUAUUCUACUGCUGCGUAAUAAAGGAAACGUAAUUAUUAAA